AUUCCGCGUCGAGGCAGAGGUGGCCGUCAACAGGGCUAACAUGCUAAGCCGUCUAUGGAAGUAUGCGCCCCAGGAAGUGCUGAAUUCCGAAUACUUGCUGUACGCUGGCGUAUUCAGCAUGGUAGAAUUCGACGAAGACAUAUUCGCCGCUGGAAACUGUUAUGAUCAAUAUCAGUACAAACAGUUCUGGCUCUUCUGCCCGUACGCUUAUCGCCUGCCCGAGGGACCAAUACUUGCCAAAGAUUUGGCCGUGGAGUACAAGUAUUUAAGCAACACGAGCGAAUGGUUUUACAUCGCAAGGAAAAAUGCCGAGAGGGUGAUUAAAAACUACAACCAGUUUAGUCGAGGUUAUCACUCUUACACCUGGAAUGACAGCACUCACACGGAACGUGUCUCCGAUGAAAUUCUCAGUGUUGUGUACGAAGACGGGAAAUGGAGCAAACCUUAUUACGACUGUGGUGGUGGCAACAUUUGGAUGUUGACCUACACGGUGCCGUUCUUUGGAUAUUCAAACGGAACGUAUUUUUUCAAAGGAACCAGUGGUAUCGACAUUGACCUGAGAAGAGUGGACAUCGACCAAUGUCCACUGCCGCCAGGAAGCACACAAUUAAAUAUUUUUGCCGCUUCGGACAAGUGCAAGAAAAAGACAACCGAGUGUGUUGCCAUACCUGGCCUCGGAUUUCGCCGAGGGAGCUAUAUGUGUGUAUGUAAAAGAGGAUUCUUUUACCCUGACAUUAAAGCGCAUCACAGAUAUUAUAAUGGCACAGUGAUGGAAGAGGAAUAUGAAAAACUAAUGUUGGGUGAACCAAGUGAAUAUAACGAAAGCGGAAUAUUUGAGUGCCUGCCCUGCGCAGAGGGAUGUGAAGCCUGCAUAGAUGGAAGUCCUUGUGUUGUAACCCUCAAUUGGUUGCUCAGAACAGCUAUCCUAGCACUUUCCUGCCUUCCAAUAUGUUGUUUACCUUUCGUGCUCGUAUUUACCUAUAAAUAUGCAAAUGUUAAGGUCGUAAGAGCUGCAAGCCCUGCCCUUUUAAGGGUAAUAACACUUGGAGCAUUUUUUAUUUAUUGCACUACUAUUGUGAUGUAUCCGAGGCCAAAUGUGUUCACCUGUACCGCACGAGUAUGGUUGAGAGAAAUAGGUUUCUCACUCACAUACGGUGCCCUCAUGUUGAAAACUUGGAGGAUAUCUGUAAUUUUCCGAGUGAGGUCGGCCAAAGCGGUUAAAAUAACAGAUCUUGACUUGAUGAAAAGACUUGGCAUGAUAGUUGCCGUUUUCACUGUCCUCCUUGUCAUUAGGACCCUGGUUGCUCCACCGCUGGCCAUUGUCGCAAGGACGGCAGACGACUUGAAAGCUUACCUUUGUCAGACCGAUUGGUGGGAUCAUUCCUUUACAACUUUGGAAGUGCUAUUUCUCGUAUGGGGCAUUCGACUGUGCAUUGUUGUGAGAAAAGCGCCUUCUGAAUUCAAUGAAAGUCGAUUUAUUUCAAUGGCCAUCUACAACGAAUUCUUGCUCUCUCUAUUCCUCAACAUUUCUAUGUUAUUCCUUCAAUCGCCAGCCAAUCCGGAUUUGCUCUAUAUAAUAUUUUUUUGCCAUACUCAACUGACUGUCACGUUAUUGUUGUGUUUUAUUUUUGGAAGCAAGGCGUACAUGGUGUUCAAAGGACAUGGCAAAUCCGAUGAUACUUUUAAUACGGCGCCCAAAGUACAUACUACUAAAUUCCUAAAUAAACCACGGUCUGGGAAUUCGCAAUACGCCGUUUCUACGAAUUCGUCUACAGCCGGCCCGGAAAUUAAAUUGACGGAGCAAGACAUACAAGAGGAAUUCAAAAGGUUGUAUGUUCAACUGGAGCAUUUGAAAGAAAAAAACAUGCGGCACGGCAACAGGCAUUUGGCUGCAAAAAUAAGUGCAAUGCAGGAGGCUGGAAGGCUGGAGAAAGCGAACGAAGAAGACGAGAAACCCGGCCAGAAGAUUGAAAAGUGGUGUUUAACAGCUGCCAACUUAGAAAGCAAAGUACCUCUGCCUGUGAUAUCAAAGCCAGAAGAUAUGUCUGAGACUUCUGGCCGUUUGGCGAUCCUCCUGAAUCUCGAUGAAAAGAGUCAAUAUACACAGGAGGUCACAGUUUGAUACUUUCUUAGCUCUUAUUGUUUCAAGACGAACGUCUUUCAGUGAAACACUCGACAAAGUUUCAAGCCAUAUGGACCUUCCAUCUUGAAUGUUAAGAAAAAUCUCAGGGUUCAAGAUUAUUAGUAAAUCUGCAAUAAACUCUUCGAAAUAGUAAUUU